CACAAACAGUCUUCUCCUACAAACACAAAACAUUCCCACCCGUACAAAACACUAAUCAUUUCCUCAGGCUUCGGUUCAUGGCCGGCACGUGCCCUCCGGCGCCGCCUCAGGUGAUCGGCGCGGCGCUCAUAGAGCUCUAUAGAGCUGGUUCGCGUACUGGAUCCCCACUCUCCGUCCGUAUUUCCUCCCGCAGCUACGCCGUCCCGAUCACCGCCGCGGAUGCGGCGCAGGACGGACGUUUUCGAAGGGAAGGACCGUCGUGCAUCUUCGUUGGACCAGUGGAAACCGCCAGUCAGGAGAAUCUAGAAGCACUUUAUCGUCAAGCUCGGGAGGCUUAUUACAGCGGGGAACCACUGAUAGUCGACGAUAUGUUCGAUAGAGUCGAGUUGAAAUUACGGUGGUAUGGAUCAAAGUAUGUUGUUAAGUAUCCGAGAUGCAGCCUCAGGCGGCAAUCAACUUAUGCAGAUGCUGAGGAAGAUCCUUCACAGGUUUUCGCAUUGGCAAGUGUGUGGCUCUUGAUUCUUGGUUUUGGAUGUUCAGCCUGUCUAGUGCCUAUAGUGUACACACUUUCUCAAGCUUAUCAAGAUGCAUUCAGUCCAGAUAUAUACAUUAGUCCCCUGUCUGCACAAGGUUUCUUUUCAACACUUAAUGCAAUGCUCGUCAUGGUGUUUGGCUCCAUCAUUGGCUAUCCAAUCGCAUUAUCUUCUGUCGGAGCACUUCAAGGACUGUGGAAGAAUGACUUGGUGGCAUUGAAAGGGGCAUGCCCAAACUGUGGUGAAGAGGUGUUUGCAUUUGUUAGAUCAGAUCCAUCUAAUCACUCCCCGCAAAGAGCCGAGUGUCAUGUAUGUGAAAGCUCCUUGGAAUUCCGAACAAAAGUAGAGCAAUCUACCUCAAGACCAGGCAGACGAUGGGUGUAUGGUCGCAUAUACCUAAUUCGGUCCAGGUCUAGACAUCAAAGAUGGGGUUGAGGUGGAGGUUUUCCUGCCUGUGUCCUUCAUUAAUUCAGAUCUCUUGUACAGAAAGAACCAGGUUAUUUCUUUUCUUCGACUUUGAAAAUAUCGUAGGGUAACAAAUUGUUGAACAUGAUUAAAUCCAUCCCUUUCUUGAUCCAGAAAACUGCAUAGAACCCUACAAUAUAUGCUCAAUGCAUUUUGUAGUUUGUUUUUGCCAUUGGAGGGCAGCUCCACUGCCUAUUGUAUCGAACAAGACUCCUAGCAUUUUUACAGGGUAAUAUGAAAAUGGCAUUUAAACACGUAAGCAAGUUCAUCUGAUGAGUU